AUGGAAUCUCUGGUCUAUGAAAAUUCGCCACUGGCAGAGUACCUUCAAGGGGAAGGUGAACGCGAUGCGAACUGGCCCGUCCAAGAACCCGAUAGUUCCGAUAAUGUCUCCGACUCAACAGCUGCCGACUUUGCCCCUCGUGGGACUUCAAAGUUUCAAGAACGGAUCCGGAAUAAGCUCCCUAAACCAUUGGGCUUGAAAGCGUCACAUCAAAGAGCAAUUUUGGGCAAGAUUUAUGACGCUUGCACGUCUGCUUUGAAUGCGCGCAUUGCACGGAGUGACAACGAGAGAUUUCUGGAACAGUUCGGUUACGUUAUCGUUGCAUCCCAGUUGUUGAACGAGCAUAGCGCCCCUUCUUAUACGUUAGCUGCCGAUGUGCUGUCCACUUCACAACCAGCAGAUCUGCCUCCAAUUUCGACAACUUUUGGCCUGCAAGGCGCUGUUGUCACUGCAUCCACCUCAUUCUCGAUUGCUUGGUUACUGCAUUGGAGCCGAUCUCGAUCGGGCUCUGGUAUCAAUCCUCGCAAGGUCGGAGCUCUAUUGAUCUUGGUACCGGUGAUUGGAGUCUUGUUCUACGCAUUCACAAAGCGGCAAUGGCUCAAAUAUUUGCGACAUCAGGCUGUAGAUGUCGCUGUGUCUUUCAUCAGCAAUGCCCAAGGGUUUGACUCUGCCGCGUCCGCAUCAGUGAUGUUCAUACAGGAAGUUGAGCUGGUCUCAAGAGGUUACCGGAUAAGCACACCGAUGCCUCCCAUAAGUCGACUUGAAGACCAGGGACAAACGCGGCGAUGCCUAAGGCUGCGUCGGACUGUCUCCGAGAGUUUCUUUUCCAUGCUGGGCCAGUAUAUUCACGCACAGCGCAUCUUACAGCCGCUUACAGAUGACGCUAAUUUGGCAAAAUAUUAUGACAUCUAUGACGUCACAGAAGAAGAGCUUGUCGAGGCUGAAGCGGCGUAUGCUGAGCGAGCGACCGAGGAUCAAUAUUCUCUGCGUGCUCUUCGCACUAUGUUUGGAAGAUUGUAUAUUGUUAGAAAGAGUAUUCUCUGUUGCCUUCUGGCUCUCGGCGCUGAUGGUGGGGGCUCUGACAUCGCAAGAUGGAGCACUGCCGUUGAGUGCAUGCGGGAUUUAGCCGAGAUAACAGGGAACAAUGUCCGCAAAAUUACCAACAUUCUUAACGAAGAAGACCGCGAUGCUAUACCUCCUUCUCCCCUACCGACAGCUUCCCCUAGCAAGGACAAUCUUCGGGCGCAGUACCGAAAGCUCAAGUCCCUCUCCCAAGGGAUCCGUGCACUACAUGCCAAAAUGCACAUCCUCAGGGAAAUGUCAAGCGCUAGUCUUGAGCGUGCGGACGGUGAACUUGAGCCUACCCUUAUAUCCCAAUACGAGUCGAUCGGAGCAGAUAUCAAAUGUCUCCUCCAGGAAUGGGAGGCAGGGAAGUCGGCUCUCAUGAAUAGCUUGGAUAGACAGUCGAAUGUGGACCGUGACUCACGGCCGCUCAGCGGGCCGAAAUCGCCGGUGUCCCCUACUCCUAGCCUGGGUGGUUCUACGGCGGUGGAAGGCAGCCCUACGGACGCUCUCAAGGCAUUGAAUGGCGAAAGACCUGAGUCAAGCAUCAUUCAAAACAUCGAUGAUGAGGAAAUAUUCGAGGCCGUUGCUCUGCCAUCUCGCAACAAAAGGAUGUCCUUAACGAGAGAAGAGCGUAUUGCACGUGUCAAGGAAGACCGAGCAAAACAAGCUGCCGCACGAGAUCGAGUUGAUGCAAAUACUAACAUGUUAAAGGAGCUGGAGAUGGUGAUCAAGCAACGACCCCGGUCAAUGGUUUCAAAACGUGUCACUAUGUUGGAAGCUCGCUUAGAACAAGCUUCUCUCCUUAAGCAUGUUGUCGACGCCAUCAAAGACCUCGUGCAAGACUGCAACUUUGACUGCAAUGACUCUGGAAUUGCCCUCCAGGCCAUGGAUAACUCCCAUGUUGCCCUGGUUUCCAUGCUUCUGAAAGCCGAGGGUUUCUCUCCUUACCGCUGCGACCGCAACAUUGCCCUUGGUAUCAACCUGGUCUCCUUGACGAAGGUUUUGCGGGCUGCCCAGAACGAGGAUAUUCUGACUCUCAAGGCGGAGGACUCGCCUGAUGCCGUGAACCUGAUGUUCGAGAACGCCGAGACUGACAGGUUAAGCGAGUAUGAUAUUAAAUUAAUGGACAUUGACCAGGAGCAUUUGGCUAUUCCAGAGACGGAGUAUGCCGCCACUGUGGAGAUGCCAUCGUCAGAAUUCCAGCGGAUUUGCAGAGAUCUGAAUGCUCUUUCUGAGUCCGUUGUUAUUGAGGCCACCAAGGAGGGUGUCAAGUUCUCCUGCCAGGGCGACAUUGGCAGUGGCUCUGUUACCAUCCGUCAGCACACCAACGUUGAUAAGCCCGAUCAAAACGUGACUAUCGCCCUCAGUGAACCUGUUGCCCUUACCUUUUCUCUCAAGUACCUUGUCAACUUCUGCAAGGCCACCCAGCUGUCGGGCAAGGUGACUCUUUCCCUGUCCCAGGAGGUGCCGUUGCUUGUGGAAUAUGGCUUGGGAAGCGGUCAUUUGCGAUUCUAUCUCGCUCCUAAGAUUGGCGAUGAGGAGUAA